GCAGACGGUAGUAGCUAUUGAAACCACCAACAUCGAAGCUAGUACAGGCAACUCUCAUUUCAAUCCAUUCAUUUCCAAUUGCGAUUCACCAUCGACCAAAUCAUGAAUAUCGCGCUGAGCUGCAUAUUGGUUUUGGCCGCCACAGUCGCCACCAACGCCGAAGCCGAUCCGCAAUACCCUUACUACGGUUACGGCUAUCCUGCCGCAUAUCCUCCUAUGCCACAUUACGACAACGGCUACGCCCCCGAACAAUCCAACUACUUCCGUGCCGGCCUUCCAACCCCUUCCUUCGAAAGCCAGGAUCCGAAACAGGACGGUCGUAUUUUCUUGGGAACUGUCACCAUCACUUUGGCCACGACAACAUCUACCAGCACCAUUACCACAUCUACCACCUGCACCACUUCAGCCCGUGCCAUCUCCAUCUGCUCUCCUUCCGGCCGUCGUCGUCGUGGUCUCGGUUUGAACACCAGCCAGAAAGCCCGUGGACUUUUCUACAACGACGAAGAAGAUGAAUCGGAAACUGGCAGCAUCUUUUCCCGCUCCGACGAACCUGAAGUCGUGCCUGCCGCUCCUGCCGUCGAGUCAAAUGCUGAUCGUCAAGCCCGCUCUACCCAACCUAUGGUUCCAUUCGUCGUUCAGCCCGGUUUCAACGCCCCCGAGGCAGUUCGUGGCGGUCGUUUCUUGGUCACCUUCGGAACAUCUACCAGCAUCACCACCACGACUACCACUUACACUGCCAUUUUGACUGCCGCAUGCAGAAGCACCACAAGCUUCAACACUUGCACUGGCAAUGGAAAAUAACUUUCAUCAUUCUCUUAGCCCUGUGAAAAUUGACCCAAGUCUCCGAUAAUUUUAUUGUUACCGCAAUUGUUACGCUGCCAAUGAGUCGCAAUUCUUCGACUCAUUGCGGCAGUUUUUCUCCCCCUCCUUUUUUUUAUAUAUUUAAGUUGAUCAUGGGUUCGGGAUGUAUUCUUUGGCGAUUUCAUUGAAAUUCCGUGCAGUCAGCUUGCGAUUGACCGGAAAAACCACGUCUCUUCUACCAGACAGAAGAAUAAUCAGCUUAAAGUAAACAUCUAUUAUCGUUGAUCUAAACCAAGCAAAAUGUCUUUCCAUGAAGGCAUCUGCCAGUUUCUAAAACGUUGCCGUCCAACCCAUCUAGCCAAUAGAUUACAAUGUAAUAAUAUUAAAAUACACAGUGCAGCAAUGAAAA